AUGGCGUUGAUAUGGGAUACGAAAAGGGAGGGAUGCAACAGCAACACCCCUCAACUCGAGAAGAUUGUUGAACUAGCUUCAUCCAAACGAACGCACCCACCGUCCAUGUCCAUGUCCAUGUCCAUGGACGAAAACGAAAUGAACAAGAUCCACGCCUGCCUUCGAAAUACAUACAUGCACUUGCACACCCCAGAUCACCCACCUUACUCGCAGAUGAUAUUUAAAGCCAUUAACUCACUGAAUUAUGAGGAAGGUGGUGCAAACAAAGCUGCUAUAUCCGCCUAUAUUAAGUCAGAGUUCCAUGAUCUGGCUUGGGCUCAUGAGAGUCUUCUCUCUCACCAUCUUGGCAAGCUCCUUGAGAGAGGUGAGUUGGUUACUUCUCCUAGCACCGGUGAUUAUCAGCUUCCAAAACCAUUGUUAUUGGCACAUGAAGAUUUGGAUCCAUCAAAGCAUGCUCAGGGACGGGGGCGGCGAGGAAGGCCACCAAAACCGAAACGAGGAAACAAGGAAAGCAUGACUAAGAGAGAAUCACUGUCUUUGUGUGAGCAAAGGAAAAAGCAAGGAAUUAACAAGGUAAGUGUGGAGGAGGAUGGAAACCCCAAGAAAAGGAGAGGAAGGCCUCCCAAGAAAUUAAUAAGUGACAAUCAUCCACUGGGCAGUUUUUGA